AGCUAUUAGAUUUCAAUGUCCACAAAUAAGAUUCGCUUUGUUAAAAUUAUAUGAAUCUUGUGAUAAUGAUGUAAAAACAAAGAGUGAAGCAGAAGUUUGGUUAAUGCUUUAGAAAGUUUUGAGUUUUUGUUUGGCAUGGUGGUUUGGUAUGAAAUUCUUUUUGCUGUUAAUAUGGUAAGCAAAAAGUUACAAUCUAAGUCUAUGUGCAUCGAUGCUACUAUGAAGCAAUUGGAAGGUGUAUUAUCAUUUUUUGAAAAGUAUAGAGAAGAAGGUUUUAUAUCAAGUAUGAAUGUUGUUAAAAGUGUUGCACUUGAAAUGGAUGUAGAGCCUAUUUUUCCAAUUAAACGUCGUAUGAUUAGGAAAAAGUACUUUGGUGAGAAUAAUGAGGAAGAAGAAGAUAAUUCACCUGAAGAGUUAUUCAGAACUAGAUACUUUUUGGUUGUUGUGGAUAUGGCAAUUGUUUAUUUAAAGAAUAGAUUUGAGGAACUGAAAACUUUUGAAGGUAUUUUCGGUUUUUUAUAUGAUUCAAAUAAGUUAAAGUCAUUAGGUGAGAAAGAAUUAAGAGAUUCUUGUGUUAAUUUUCACUCUACCUUUUCUCAUGAGAAUUUAUCUGAUAUUGAUUUAGAUGAUCUUUACUCAGAAUUGAAAGUGUUACAAUUGACUUUGCCUACUAAUUUAUUGUCUGCCAUUGAGAUUCUUACAUUUGUCAAAUCUGCAGAUUGCUAUCCGAAUGUCUCGAUUGCUUAUAGAAUUUUAUUAACUGUUCCUGUGACUGUAGCAUCUGCCGAAAGAAACUUUUCAAAGCUUAAAUUAAUAAAAACCUAUCUGAGGUCAUCAAUGUCGCAAGAAAGGUUGAACGGUUUGACAAUUUUGGCUAUUGAGAAAGAUAUGUUAGAACAUAUUAACAUUGAUGUAAUUAUUAAUGAUUUUGCAUCUGCAAAAGCUCGAAGAAAGCACUUUUUAUGAUAUUGACAUUUUUGUAUAUAUUUAUUAUAUAAAGGGCCCUUUUAUCUUCUUUUGCUUAGGGCCCCUGAAAUGUCAGGAACGGGGGCGCCACCGCGUCUUCUCCAGCCAGCGAACCCUCCACAUCAACAGCCGCCGCCCCCAAAUUCCCAACAACUCGCCAGACUUCCUCCCUCCACCGCCCAGAUAUCCAACAACC